AUGGACCUCGCAAAGAUUCUCGACGUUAACCUCAACCUGACCUUUUCUAGUAUCACUUUAGCCCUCGCCUGCCUGAUGACCGGAUACCUCACCGCCCUCGCCAUCACGCCUCCCAACCCCAACCCGGAAAACACCGACGUGGACGACCGCUACCGGCACAUCCUGACUCCGCAGACCAUUGCCCGGCGCAAACUGUUCUACACCGUGCUGUCCGUGUACCACGCCGUUCUCGUCCUGACGCAGCCCGGUCACGGUCACGGUCACGGUCCCGACUCGCCGAGUCUGCCUCUGGUGUGUCCGUUCCCAAGCAAUCUCAACCACUCCCUCCUGCUCACUUGGUCCCCGUACAUGCUCGUCGGCCUCGGGCUGGUAUGCUUCAUCGGGGUCCCGCUCCGCCUGGCCGCGUACAGAGCGCUCGGGCGCAAUUUCACCUUCACGCUCCAGAAGCCGUCCGAGCUGAACACGACGGGCCUGUACAGGUGGAUGCAGCAUCCGAGUUACACGGGCACGGCGCUCGUGAGGGGUGGAUGUAUGUGCAUUUUCCUGCGCUGGGAUGGGGUCCUGGGCUGUUGGAUUCCGCCGGCCGUCAGGGCGUGGCUGGACGGGUGGGGGUGGGCCAUGUAUGUGUUCAUGGGCGUUGUUGUGAUGCGCGCCGUGAGAGGGAGGGUCAGUGACGAGGAAAAGAUGCUUAAAGAAAAGUUCGAGGACACCUGGGUCGAGUGGCACAGGAGCACGAAACGUUUUGUGCCGGGACUCUUCUGA